UUUUCGCCUAUUUUCAAUAGCCAGUGACUGUUUAAGCAAUGAACUCAGGAAUUCGCCGAACACUGAUUCCAAUCUUUUAACUUCUAUGAAAUAUAAAAAAAAACAAAACUACAUAUUGCAGUGCAAAGCCAGUAUAAUUAUCAAGUUAGCCCCCUCCUCUUGUAUUUUGCUGUUGUGCUAUGAUGCUAUCUAUAUAUGAAAUAAACAAUUUCCAAACAAAAAAAUUAAAAUAACAACAAAUGAAGCCGUCCCAUAAAAGAAAGUUCAAAAGAAAAAGAACAAGAACAACCAACCUGGCUUGCCGAUUGAUUAAACAAACUUCACUCGUGAAGUAAGAUUCUUUCCAUUUUAGUAUAUUAUACUCAUUAGGCACUUGCUAAAAAAUUGAUCCAAUAUAUCACACUAGUCUUGUAGUAUGUCAUAGCAAGAAAAGCUACCAUGGAAUCAAGCAACUCAAAGGUCAUCACAUGCAAAGCUGCAGUAGUAUGGAAGAAAGGGGAGGGAUUAAAGGUGGAAGAAAUACAAAUGGAUCCACCGAAAUCAAAUGAAGUUAGGAUUAAAAUGCUCUUUGCAAGUUUGUGCCACACUGAUAUUCUCUGUUGCAACGGUCUUCCCAUUCCUCUAUUUCCUCGAGUUCCUGGACAUGAAGGAGUUGGGAUGGUUGAAAGUGUGGGAGAAAAUACAAGAAACCUAAAGGAAGGAGAUAUAGUGAUGCCAGUUUAUCUCGGAGAAUGCAAAGAGUGCCCAAACUGCAAGUCAGGAAGGUCCAAUUUAUGUCACAGAUAUCCCAUAAACAUUAGUGGCCUAAUGCUGGAUGGCACAUCAAGAAUGUCAAUUAAUAAUAAUGGAGAGCACCAAGUAUUGUACCAUCAUUUUAGUUGCUCUACUUGGUCAGAAUAUACAGUUAUUGAUGCCAACUACAUAGUCAAGAUUGAUCCCAAAUUAUUAGUUCCUCUUCCACAUGCAAGCUUGCUUUGUUGUGGAUUUACAACAGGUUAUGGAGCAACAUGGAGAGAAGUUCAUGUUCAAAAGGGAUCAACUAUCGCUGUACUAGGUCUUGGUGCUGUUGGACUUGGAGUAGUAGAAGGAGCUCGAAGUCAAGGGGCAAGUAAAAUUAUUGGUGUCGAUAUAAAUGGAUUGAAACAAGGAAAAGGGGAAGCCUUUGGAAUGACAGACUUCAUUAACCCUAAAGAUUGUAAGAAGUCUAUUUCAGACAUGAUAAAAGAUGUCACUGAAGGAUUAGGUGCUGAUUAUGUUUUCGAAUGUACUGGGGUUCCAUCCUUGCUUAAUGAAGCCAUUGAAGCCUCAAAAGUGGGAAUAGGUACAGUUGUUCUAAUUGGGACAGGAAAUGGAACAAAUGGGGAAAUCAACUUGAAUCCCUUAUUAUGUGGUCGAACAAUGAAAGGUUCAAUAUAUGGUGGAAUAAGAGUUCACUCAGACCUUCCUUCUCUACUUCAUAGAUGUGCAAAUAAGGAACUUCAACUAGAUGAGCUUUUAACUCACCAGGUUUCAUUUACUGAAAUCAACCAAUCAUUUGAGUUGUUGAAAGAUCCACAUUGUGUUAAAGUUCUUAUCAAGUUCUGAGCACACCAAUUAUGAAGGCAAGAUUUGUAUCUUUCAUAUACAUAUUAGUAAUUACUUAACAAUGAUGAAUUGAUGUGUAUUCUCAUUUUCAGUUUUAACUAUUAAGAUAAAAUUACUUAAUUUGGUUAA